AACGCGGCAUUUCCACGGCCUCUCUCUCUCUCUCUCUCUCUCUCUCUCUCUCUCUCUAUAUAUAUAUAUAUAGGUGUGUUAUCUGCAUCUGGCAGAUUAAGGGUUCCAGAUCCAUACGUUUCUGAGCAAACCAAGACGAUGAAGCAAAAGGUGGUCGUCAGAUUCGGCACGAAGCGCAGGAAGUCUCGCUCCAAAGCCCUCACCAUUGCCGUCGGCGUUCAAGGGGUGACAUCGGUGACGCUGAAGGGGCAGGACGAGAUGGAGGUGGUGGGAGACAUGAUGGACUCGGUGGUGCUGACGACCCUGCUGAGGAAGGGCCUCGGCUUCGCAGAACUGGUGAGCGUGAAGGAGGAGAAGAAGGAGGAGGAGGAGAAGCCGGUAGUAGUCUCGCCUUAUUACUAUACCUAUGGCCCGCCUUAUUACUACACAAAUUAAUUGGGUCCUGCCAUGAGCAUUUCCUUCUUGCUAUGGCCACUCCAUCAUCAUGUGAAGAAGCAGCAAAAGAAAAGAAAAAGGGUUGGUUGAUAUAUAUAUAAAUUAUAUAAUUGUAAAAAUAUUAUCGUCGUCUCAUCGUUUGUGAAAAAUCUUCUAGUAUAUAUAGUGUCUUAGUUCUUACUUACUA